AUGGGUGAGCUGAGUCUCAUGCUGGCCUCCCAGCUUUUCUCACAGUGGAGAGUCGACCUUUUAGGCCCGUUCCCAGUAGGGCCUGGACAAGUCAAGUAUUUGAUAGUGGCCAUUGACUAUUACACCAAAUGGGUGGAAGCAAAACCACUGGCCAAUAUAUCAUUAGCGAAUUACAAGAAGUUUGCAGAAUUCUUGUCUGGGUUGGGGAUCAAGCAAAAGUUCUCCUCGGCAGAGCACCCCCAGAGCAACGGACAGGUAGAAGCAGCAAACAAGAUAAUCCUCAAGGGGCUGAAAAAGUGGCUUGAUCAGAAGCAGAGCUCCUGGGCAGACGAGUUAGCGUCGAUAUUAUAG